AGCUCGAAACACAGAGCACAGCUGAGCUCAGUGGUGUUAACAAGAAGCUCUAGCUGUUGCUGGUCAACUGUGCUUCCUCGAUCUCGGAGACUCGGCAGCAAUGACGGCGGCGGCGACGACGGCGAAGCUGGCAGCGGGGAUUCACGGCGGCGGGAGGCGGUACGCGCUGCUGCUGGCGCUGUGGGACUCGGAGUAUGCCCAGAAGGUGUACGGUGGCUACUACAACGUCUUCGUCUCCGCGUUCGGCGGGGACGGCGGGGAGAGGUGGGACUGCUUCCGCGUGAUCGCCGGCGAGUUCCCGGCUCCGGAGGACCUGGCGUCGUACGACGGCUUCGUGGUCAGCGGCAGCCCGCACGACGCGCACGGCGACGACCCCUGGAUCCGCCGCCUGUGCGCGCUCGUCCAGGCACUCCACGCCAUGGAGAAGCGCGUCCUCGGCAUCUGCUUCGGACACCAAGUUUUGUGCCGGGCGUUAGGGGGAAGGGUUGGCAAGGCGCGGAACGGAUGGGACGUCGGGGUGAAGAAGGUGACCUUUGUUCAAGACUGCUUGGAGGGCUUCGACUUCCUCGCCGGAGAUCUCGACGUGCAGCUCCCCUCGAGCGCCUCCCUCAUCGAGGUCCACCAGGACGAGGUGUGGGAUACCCCGCCGGAGGCGACGGUGCUGGCCUCCUCGGAGAAGACGCGCGUGGAGGUGUUCGCCGUCGGGGAGCACGCGCUGGGCAUCCAGGGCCACCCGGAGUACACCACCGACAUCCUCCACAACCUCAUCGACCGCCUCACCACCCAGGGCGCCAUCCAGGGGUGCGUCGGCGAGGACGCGCGGCGGACUGUGGCGGAGACCGGCGGGCCGGACCGCGCGUUCUGGACGUCGCUCUGCAAGAACUUCCUAAACGGAGGUCGACAGAGCUGCGGCCGGCCCACGCCGGUGGUGACCGGCCGCCAGCGGUUGCUUCACCGGCGCCGCUCCGAUGGUCCAGUUGGCUUGCAGUGCUAGCACUUGCAGUACCAGUCAAUUAGUACGUGGCUUUUUCACUGCAUGAGGCCCAGCCAAGCAUGCGAUACGACGCUACACUGUAUUGGUGAUUCGUUAUGUAUACUUCUUUUCUGAAGAAUGGAAUUCAUGUGAUGAACGGGAGAAAUUGAUGUCUUUUUUCCCAUGA